AUGAAGAAAAGACAGGGGACUGGGGAGGACGCCGCCGCUCCUCAAGGCCGAGCCCGCCACCACCGUUCGUGCCGCUCCUCAAGGCAAACCCGCCACCGCCGGAUCUACUCUUCUUCGCCUUCUCCCUUUCUUUCUCAUUCCGAUCUGAAAGAAGUAUUGGGCGUACUGCUACAGACCCUCUUCUCCCGCUGGCGACGACAUCGAAGGCGAGAGAUGGUGGUUGGUAGCUUUGCCUGCAUGUCGGCAGCACCAUUGAAGAGGAGGAAUCCGCCGCCGCCGAUCCCUCCCAGGAUCUGUAUUCGCCUCAUCGAAGGAGCUCAGGGUAGGUUGAGGUUUGAGGAAGAGGUUGAGGCCUGA